AUGCAGUGCUAUGCUGCGGUGAAACAAGAUGAAACAGCAGGAGACGACGGGCUCAAGACGAGUGCUGCAACUGAUGUCAGCAACAACCAAGACAUGUUCGUCCAGUCGCCUCUUUACAGUUCCAGCGGCCGGCAACGGGCCAGCCAUACGAGAAGGAACGUAUCGCCGCACAUAUACACGACUUUCCCGCAUGCCAGCAGCGAGUUGAACAUUGACAAAGAGAAUUGGUACCAGAACAACGUCAUCCUGCAGCAAGACCGCAGCAGUCAAAGGAGGCCUCUUGCCGCGCUCACCCUCCAUGAAGUGAACCCUGCUAUGUGCAGCAUGGAGGUUGUGAAGCCUGUCCUGAUGCACCAGCAGCAUUGCGACAGCUGGAGCAUGGCAGCAGAGAGCAUCUACAGCACUCAGCUCUCCGCGUGCGCAAAGGAAGAGGAGCUUCACAUGGCUCUGCCAUCCUACGAAAGGGAGAACCCGCAAGGGUGUGCGGGGGUGGGGGCAGGAAACAUCUCGACGGACAGGACGGUUAUCAUCAGCUGUAACCCCAGCACCUUCGUCUCUCCCUUCCAAGGCAGCGAGGGCGUCAAGACAAACCAGCCCUCACGUGGUGCUCAGAAUCAGGGGGAGCCGGCGAAGCUGCGAGAGGGCUGGCUGCUCAAGAAAUGCUCGUCGGGAGCUUUCAAGAGGCGCUGGUGUGCGGUAGACCAGAAUGAGAUCCUGUACAACCGUGGCAAGUCGAACUUGCGGAACAUCAUCAAGUGCAGGAUCGCUCUCAUGGAGGUGAAGGACAUUUCGAUGUCCCGGGAACAGCAGGUUCUCACCAUCAACAUCGAGACUGAGCGGAGGAGGUUCGUCUUCGGGAGCUCCGACACCCCCACCAUCUUCGAGUGGCUCAAGUCGCUGCAUGCGGCAUGGACGAUGAGCCUUGCUCGACGAGGCAAGUGUCCAGCAGCGGGAGAGGGGCUGGACUGCUGCUGGGAGUGUCAACCAGGUCAAGAGCGGAUUCCAUCGUCACAAGUUGUCAAGGUUUAUCUUUAG